UUUUUUUUGAUCUGUGGAGAGAGAGAGAUGACGAGCGGCGGCGUGGAGAACGAUAAGAACAGAUCAGUGGCGACGGAUCAUCAACAGCCUCAUCCUCCUCCUCCGUUUCAAGGUGUCUCUAACUAUCCACCUCCGCCUCAGCAGCAGCCUCCGGCCACCGGUUUUCCUCAGCCGGCUCAGCCCUACGUUCAAGGUUAUGCUGUUAAUGGAGGAAUGACUACAGCAGAACACCAUCGCCUUCCUUGUUGUGGUAUAGGCGUUGGCUGGGUAUUAUUCAUCCUUGGUUUCUUCUUUGGUGCGAUCCCCUGGUACAUCGGAUUCUUCCUUCUAUUGUUCUCAAGAAACGUGCGUGAGAGACCAGGGUAUAUAGCUUGCGCUGUUGGAUCUGUUGUUGCGACCAUUAUCAUAGUCAUUGGAGCAGUAAGAGGAUCAAGAGUGUGGUCCUGAAGUGAAGAUGUCAGCACUCUGAAUCAAGUGUCUACCGGUUAGGCCGUUAAGAUAUUUAGUACAGAAGAAGUUUGUAAAUGUGUGUUUUACUUUUGAAGAGCUCAAUGACUAUAGUCAUUGUAUAUGUUGCUCUUUUAAAAGUGUUCUUCUUAAAAAAAAUACUAAUGUGUGAAUUACCCGGGAAAAAAAACUAUAUAUAUAAAGAUGAUCAUUUGUUUAGAAGUUA